GCUGUAAAUGUUUCCUCCCGGACAUAGAUAAAGCUUUGUUGCUAAUCUGUACCUGGGCACCUGGACAAUACAUGGCUCUCCUAUCAGGCCCAUGAAAAUCUCCAUGUUGGUUUUGAAGCUGUGAAUUAUAUAUAUAUACACACACCUUACGUUAGAAUGUCCGGGGAACAGGAUUGGAACAAGAAGACGGUCAAGAUUUUGACAAAAAAGGAAGGAAAUACGAAAUGUGCAGACUGCGGAGAGCCAGACCCUCAAUGGGCUUCGUAUACUCUGGGUGUCUUUUUGUGUGUGACCUGCUGUGGUAUUCACCGGAAUAUGUCCGAAAUCAGCAAGGUGAAGUCUUUGACUAUGGCCAACUGGGAAGAGGAGCAGACUGAGUUUCUUGACAGACAAGGCAAUAAUGCAGCUAAAGCGAAAUAUGAGGCUCAUGUUCCCAUCUAUUACUACAGACCCACACACGCGGACUGCCAUGUUUUGCGAGAACAGUGGAUCCGGGCUAAAUAUGAACGAAAACAGUUUAUGAAAAAGGAAGGUUCUGAUGGUUUUUCUGGUGGUGUCAAGGAAGGAAUCUUAUUCAAGCGAGGAAGAGAUAAUGGACAGUAUUUGGCAAGGAAGUUUGUCCUGACUGAGAUAGAUGGUACCUUGAAGUAUUUCAUAAAGCCUGACGCAAAGGAACCAAAGGCUGUAAUUAAAAUAGACAGUAUUAAUGCCAUUUUUCAGCCAGAGAAGAUGAAACACACCAAUGGUUUACAGAUCACAUAUGUCAAAGACAACAAAGCAAGAAACUUAUUUGUGUACCACAAUGAUGGGCAGGAAAUAGUCAGUUGGUUUAACGCCAUCCGAGCUGCUCAGUUUCAUUACAUGAAAGUUGCAUUUCCCACAGCAAGUGACAAAGAGAUUUUAAGUCGUUUACCUCAGAAUUUCUUGAAGGAAGGAUACAUGGAGAAGACUGGGCCAAAGCCUACUGAUGCAUUUAAGAGAAGAUGGUUCACCCUAGAUCACCGACGAUUAAUGUACUUCAAAGACCCCCUGGACGCUUUUGCUAAAGGUCAGGUGUUUUUAGGAAGUAGUGAGAAUGGCUAUCAAGUAAAGGCUGAGAUGGUCCCGAGCUCACACGGCAAUAUGUGGAAUUACGGCAUAUCCAUUAGUACUCCUGACCGUAAUUAUGUCUUUACCUGCGAAAAUGAACAGGAACGGGAAAAUUGGCUCAGUGUGUUCAAGAAAGUUAUCAGUAUACCCAUGACUGUGAGAGAAUAUGCAGUUGAAGCUCAGUUUAAACACCGUUCCUAACACAUCGCUGCCUGAACUCACCGGGAUUCCUCUGACCCUAUAAACUGCUUUGAUUCCAGUCAUUCAGCCAGUGGACUGCUUUAUUAUUAAUAUGUUACAUUUCAGCAUGUUGUUGAACAUAAGUCUGUAUUACUAUAUCAUAACUACUCUUUUUAUUAUGUGCCGAGCAAAUAUUUGCACUGUCUAUUAAACCUUUUCCAGAAAAUGUAACCGAUGACGUCUCUUGCCACCAGUUAUUCUGAAAUUGAUGAUUGAUAAAAU